AUCGAAAUAGAAAUCAAAUUCGAAAUCGCUCUCUCCCCUCUAUCUCUCUCACGAGCUUUGCACAUAUGGCUAGACCUAGAAGCGUCUGCACGAAGAGAAAGAAUGGUAUUGUGAAAUUUAAGGUCGUAGUCGAGAAGCUGCAGAAGAGCCUAUCGCUAACUCGAAAGUUGAGUGCGAUGAGCGACAGUUUCAACGAGGAUGUCGACACGAGUGCGGUGCCGAAGGACGUGAAGGAAGGGCAUUUCGCGGUGGUGGCGGUGGACGGGGAGGAGCCGAAGCGAUUCGUGGUUCCGUUGAGUUGUUUGACACACCCUAUGUUUUUGAGGCUGUUGGAGCAAGCAGCUGAGGAGUAUGGGUUUGAUCAUGAAGGUGCAUUGACAAUCCCUUGUCACCCAAGUGAGGUUGAGAAGAUUUUGGCUGAUCAAUGGCAAUUGGAGUCUAAAACAGAUUCUAGAGAUGCAAUUGCUUGGGGAACUUUUUGUAAAGCUAUCAUUCAAAGUUAUUGAAACAAACUCAAGGCCACAAGUUUUUGUUUUUAUUUUUUAUUUUUUUUCUUCUCUUUCUUUUCUUUCAAGAAUGUCAAUUUUCCCAGUGAAAUAAUGGCUAGGUUUUUCUAUUGUUAUUGUAUAUUUUGUUUAUUAUGAAAGUAAGGUUAAUUAACUCUAAUAAAGUUUUGAUCAUGAUGUUUUUGUUUGUAA